UCGUGUAAGAAGACUGCUGCUAGAAUUGCAGCCCUUAGUUUAGUCAAACAUAUUUGUACUACUACUACUAAAUUUAGGUCGGUUAAUUAAAGGAUAUUAUCUACUUGCGAUUCUCUUGCCUGCCGGUCGGUCGGUCGGUCGGUCGUUCGUUUGGUCGGUCGGUCGGUUGGUUGGUUGUUUCGCACUCUAUAUUUCACUCCCAUUGUCAGCUUAAUUAAAAGAUUGUCACAAUGACACUAUCGUGAUGCGCGUAAUCGCACAUGGCGCGACACUCAGAGCUCUUCAGUCUCCGUCGUGAUCUGCGUGAUCUAUCAAGGUAGUCGUUUCUUGGCUUCCGCGAUAGAUUCAUCGUUUUUGCACAUGACAUAUCACGAUCAACUUUUAUUAAUAGUGCCUAACUGAUCCGAGAAAACAAUUCAUCCUAAUGCAUUAUCUAUCAAGAUUAAAUCCGCUUAGCGUGUACUUAAACUGAUAAGUAUUUUUAUCAGCAUUUUAUCGAUAUUGGAAUAUAUUUUCUAAUUGAUAUUUCACAGUAGCAGUCGUAGUUUGUAUAACAGCAAUCUAGUUUGAAUCAGCCAUUACGGUUUAAUCUUCAACGCGCCAAAGUGAUUUAGAUGGAUGACAGAAUAACCGGAUCAAAAGUUUACAGUUAUUCAUCAGAUUCAAAUAUUGCGACAUAAAUGUAAUCGUGCGCAAUAACAAUCCAUAUAUCAUAGCGAAUUGCAAGUUGGGAGGAACAAUUCACUGACAUAGAUCCUUUCGUGAUUCCGUAUAUUCUUUAUGAUAGACGACAGCGUGACCAUUUAUUAAUAUUUCCGCACCGUUAAUAGGAUCAUUAUCAGACAAAAAACGUACUGUUCUUACAUACUCUGUUAGAGUGACGAAACUUUGCAACAAGAUGACUUCGGAAGGUACCUCAAGCGAUUUAGGCCUAACGAAAUGGGCGUCGGAAAUUCCUACCGUCCAAGAAAUCAGCAAAUCGAUGCAGAGUUUCGGAAUAUCGGAUUACACUGUGUUUACUGCAAUGCUAAUCGCAUGCGGUGCCGUUGGCAUUUAUUUCGGAUUCAUAAAAAAGUCCUCAGGUGAAGACGAGUACUUGGUUGGUGGAAGGAAUAUGAAGACAUUUCCAAUCAGUCUCAGUUUGAUAGCCAGCUUUAUAUCAGGUAUCUCGUUGCUGGGCACACCGACGGAGAUUUAUGUACACGGCACGAGCUACCUCUUCAUCUGCUUCGUGUUCAUUUUCGUUGGUUUCAUUAUAUCCAACGUAUAUCUGCCGGUCUUCCACGAGCUCAAACUCACCAGCACUUACGAGUACCUUGAGAAACGUUUCGAUAAAAGAAUGAGGUUGCUAGGCUCAAUUCUCUUUUCUAUUGGUAUCAUGACUUGGCUUCCAAUUGUCAUUUACGUACCUGCAUUGGCUUUUAAUCAAGUCACUGGAGUCAACAUACAUAUUAUCACUCCCUUUGUGUGCAUUGUUUGCAUAUUUUACACAUGUGUGGGCGGUCUCAAAGCGGUAGUAUGGACGGAUUUCAUUCAGACCUUUAUCAUGUUCGGCUCAAUGUUAUUAAUUGUAAUCAAAGGCACAAUCGACGUCGGCGGAUUAUCUGUAGUGAUUCGGAGAAGUCAGGAAUCUGGAAGACUCGAAUUUCCCACGCUGGAUUGGAGUCCUUUGGUGAGACACUCUCUUUUGGCAUUUAUGGUAGGCGGUUUUGUACAUUGGAUACAAAUUUGCGCCGUCAAUCAAAAUAUGAUUCAACGAUACUUGUCGCUUCCCAAUUUACAAUCAGCUAGAAGAGCACUUUGGUGUUUUAUAGUCGGACUUUUGACUUUGAUUUGCAUAUGCGGAUAUUCUGGCUUGGUAAUUUACGCUUGGUAUUACGAAUGCGAUCCACUUACAACGAAGCUGGCACGUACUAGAGAUCAACUGCUCCCGUUGUUAGUCAUGAAUGUUUUAGGAGAAUUUCCGGGAUUACCCGGUCUCUUCGUGGCUGGCGUAUUUAGCGCUGCACUCAGUUCAUUGUCGACCGGUUUAAACUCCAUGGCGGCCGUUGUGUUAGAAGACUUUGUCAAACCUUUUAUCAAGAUCCCGUUUACGCCAAAAGGCGCCGAUAUUUUUAUGAAACUCACAGUCGUCGUUUUAGGAACAAUCUGCGUUGCUCUUGUUUUUGUCGUUGAACAAGCAGGCACUCACGUGUUGCAGCUGUCAAUAAGUCUAGGCUCUAUUACCAAUGGACCAUCUUUCGGUAUUUUCACCAUGGGAAUGCUAUUACCAUGGAUUAACGGCAAGGGUGCACUAGCCGGAGGACUUGCAGGUCUAAGCUUCAUGAGCUGGCUUGGUCUUUCCAUCCAAGCAGCUAUUGCAGAAGGAAAAGUCACAUUUGAUACAAAACCUGUUACUACGGCAGGAUGCACUUACUCUUUUCCACAAGUAGAGAAUUUAUUACUAUCUGCACCGCCAGAUUCAAUCCUAGAUGACUCAAGUGGAGAAGAACCAUGGGCGUUAUACCGUCUCAGUUAUCUUUGGCAUACUCUGCUUGGUACCAUCGUAACUAUAGGCGUCAGUCUCAUCGUAACUUUUAUUACUUCUCAAGAUGUUAAAAAAUUAGAUCCAAUGCUCAUAGCACCAUUUAUGAGAAAGUACAUGAUGGUGUCAAAUAAAGAUGUGACCGAAGAGCUUCAUCAAGUCAAGAUCGCAAAAUCGGAUGGUGAAAAGAUGGCAUCUUGUGCUACCAAAGAGGCCGAUAAAUUAUUAUUGGAAACAACUUUGAAAUCAUAAUAAAGCUAAGUGAUUAUAUAUUUUAAUCUUACUAUUAGAUUUCCAAAUUUAUUUAAAAUAAAAUAUAGUUUUUUCGAUAGCG